AUGUUGUCUGCUUCUAGAACAGCUGUUAGAGCCCCACGUUCUAUUCGUGGUUUAGCUACUGCCGCUUUAACCAGAGAUUCUCAAGUUAACCAAAAUUUGUUAGAAUCCCAUUCAUUUAUUCAAUACAAGAAACAUCUUGAAAAUGUUGAAAUUGUUAAGCAAAGAUUAAACAGACCUCUUACAUAUGCUGAAAAGCUUUUAUACGGUCAUUUAGAUGAUCCUCAUGGACAAGAUAUUGAAAGAGGUGUUUCUUAUUUGAAAUUGAGACCAGACAGAGUUGCUUGUCAAGAUGCUACUGCUCAAAUGGCUAUUUUACAAUUCAUGUCUGCUGGUAUGCCACAAGUUGCUACUCCAUCUACUGUUCACUGUGAUCAUUUAAUUCAAGCCCAAGUUGGUGGUCCAAAGGAUUUAGCUAGAGCUAUUGAUUUAAACAAGGAAGUUUACGAUUUCUUAGCUUCUGCUUGUGCUAAAUAUAACUUAGGUUUCUGGAAGCCAGGUUCCGGUAUUAUCCAUCAAAUUGUCUUGGAAAACUAUGCUUUCCCAGGUGCUCUUUUAAUUGGUACCGAUUCCCAUACUCCAAAUGCUGGUGGUUUAGGUCAAUUAGCUAUCGGUGUUGGUGGUGCUGAUGCUGUCGAUGUUAUGGCUGGUUUACCUUGGGAAUUAAAGGCUCCAAAGAUUAUUGGUGUUAAAUUAACCGGUAGAAUGUCUGGUUGGACUUCUCCAAAGGAUAUUAUCUUGAAAUUAGCUGGUAUUACUACCGUCAAGGGUGGUACUGGUGCCAUUGUUGAAUAUUUCGGUUCCGGUGUUGAAACCUUCUCUUGUACUGGUAUGGGUACUAUCUGUAAUAUGGGUGCUGAAAUUGGUGCUACUACUUCUGUUUUCCCAUUCAACAACUCUAUGGUUGACUACUUGAAUGCUACUGGUAGAUCUAAGAUUGGUGAAUUUGCUAACCUUUACAAGAAGGACUUCCUUUCUGCUGAUGAAGGUUGUGAAUAUGAUCAAAUUAUUGAAAUUGACUUGAACACCUUAGAACCUCACGUUAACGGUCCAUUCACCCCAGAUUUAGCUACUCCAAUCUCCAAGAUGAAGGAAACCGCCAUUGCUAACAAUUGGCCAAUGGAAGUUAAGGUUGGUUUAAUCGGUUCUUGUACCAACUCCUCUUAUGAAGAUAUGACCAGAGCUGCUUCUAUUAUUAAGGAUGCUGCUACUCACGGUUUAAAGGCUAAGUCUAUUUACACUGUUUCUCCAGGUUCUGAACAAGUUAGAGCUACCAUUGCUAGAGAUGGUCAAUUAAAGACCUUCGAAGAUUUCGGUGGUGUUGUCAUGGCUAAUGCUUGUGGUCCAUGUAUUGGUCAAUGGGAUAGACAAGAUGUUAAGAAGGGUGAAAAGAACACUAUUGUUUCCUCUUUCAACAGAAACUUCACUUCCAGAAACGAUGGUAACCCAGCCACUCACGCUUUCGUUGCUUCUCCAGAAAUGGUUACUGCUUAUGCUAUUGCUGGUGACUUAGGUUUCAACCCAAUUACUGAUACCUUGAAGGAUGCUGAAGGUAAUGAAUUCAAAUUAAAGGAACCAGUUGGUGUCGGUUUACCAGUCAAUGGUUACGAUCCAGGUGAAAACACUUACCAAGCCCCACCAGAAGACAGAGCUUCGGUUCAAGUUGAAAUUUCUCCAAGUUCUGACAGAUUACAAAAGUUGACCCCAUUCAAACCAUGGGAUGGUAAGGAUGCUGAAAGAUUACCAAUCUUGAUUAAGGCUGUUGGUAAGACCACCACUGAUCAUAUUUCUAUGGCUGGUCCAUGGUUGAAAUACCGUGGUCAUUUAGAAAAUAUCUCCAAUAACUAUAUGAUUGGUGCUAUUAACGCAGAAAAUGGUAAGGCUAACGAAGUCAGAAACCACUACACUGGUAAAUACGAUGGUGUUCCACAAACCGCUGCUGCUUACAGAGAUGCUGGUAAGAAGUGGGUUGUCAUUGGUGAUGAAAACUUUGGUGAAGGUUCUUCCAGAGAACAUGCCGCUUUAGAACCAAGAUUCUUGGGUGGUUUUGCUAUCAUUACUAAAUCUUUUGCUCGUAUUCACGAAACUAACUUGAAGAAACAAGGUUUAUUACCAUUAAACUUUGUUAAUGUUGCUGACUACGACAAGAUUAACUUUGAUGAUGAAGUUGACUUGAUUGGUUUAACUACCUUAGCUCCAGGUAAGAACCUUAAAUUAAGAGUUCAUCCAAAGAAUGGUGAAGCUUGGGAAACUGAAUUAUCCCACACUUACAAUGCUGAACAAAUUGAAUGGUUCAAGUACGGUUCCGCUUUAAACAAGAUGGCCGCUGCUUAA